AUGAAACAUUUUCUACACCCAGUUAACCUUCUUUUCUUUCGUCCCUCUUUUCCCCGCGCAGUGGUCCAAAUCGAUCUGAAGACGCUCGCACCGGAAACGAACCAACUUGCGCGCGUCCAGGAAUGCUUGGGUCGCGAAUCGUUGGGGCGUUUCACGCUGCAGGUAGCGUGGACACCACCCAGCGAUGGCAAGAUCUGUGCCUCGUCCGUUGCGAAGCACUUUGCCGAACUCGACGCCGCCAUCAAGGUGGAACUGAUGCCGACGGCGAUCAAAACGCACCAGGAGUGCGGACUGCAGGUUCCGGAGUUCAGCUUGGGUGAUGAUGUCGGGAAGGAGUUUUGCACCGGAGCCGAGCUGGUCGAGUUUAUGGGAAUGGUGGCGCUGUCCUGUGAAACAGAGGAGGACGAGUAUCUGAACUCGUACGACUUUUGCGGCGAGCGGAGGGAGAUUGGGAACGUGAAGGUGCUCCACUGGAGGGGACUUUUCACGACGGCUCAGGUGGAAGCGGUUUACGAUGCCGUGCGGGAGGCACUGGUUAAGGAAGCGCACGUGCCGUGGUUUGGGUUUUAUGUGCACGGAUUUUCGCACAGCCCGAUCAGCUUUGGGAUGCGAGAGAACUACUUCCAUACUGACGGGGACAAUUCGUACGCCGUGGUGCUGAAUCCAAAGGGGGAAUACCUGUGGUAUCAACUGGCGGGAAACAAUAAAAUACCGAAAUAA